UUGAAUUUUUUAGUGUGUUGCUAUCUACACACAGUGGUCUCGCGAUCUCUCGCGGAAAUACAUUAAAAAAUACAAUCUUAUUCGGUUCAUUUUCUUUUUACUUUUAAUCAAAAUGGACUCGAACGAAAAAGUAAACUCGAAAGAAUUAGUAGGGCACUGGGUGAAGCAAUUCAUGACGCGACGGCGGAUCCAAGAAUACCAAAUCGUGGACGAUAUAAGCACCAUAGAAAACUGCGGUUAUUUAAGUGAUAUAAAUCUAGUGACAGUGAGUUACUUGACUGAAAAUAACAAACCAGAAACAUUAAAUUUGAUUGUAAAACAUGAUUUCUACAAGAAGUCGCCGUUAAUAGCACUGGCAUUUAGAAUAGAAACACACAUUUACAAGACAGUAUUAGAAACUUUCAACCAGUUCUUAGAGUCGAAGAAUUUGCCAAGUUUGAAUGUCAUUCCAAGGUAUUUUGAUAGUUUUACAGAUGAAAACGCGCAAGUAAUUAUAACUGAAAACAUAGUUAAGUUAGGAUACAGGUUAAUGGAUAGAAUAGCUUGUGCUGAUAUGAAUCACUGUUACGUUUUGCUCGAAGCUUACGCCAAGUUCCAUGCUUUAUCUUUUGCUUUAAAAGACCAACAACCAGAAAAAUUCAAAGCUUUAUGUGAUACAGAAGAAUUUUAUAGUGUAUAUAUAGAUGAUCAAAGAGACAGUAUACGAAAGGAUAUAACUGAAAUAAAUAAAUUAUUCAAAAGGAAAGGAGAUGAGGAUCUAGCUAAUAAACUAGAACAAGAAUUAAAGAAUCGUUUUACCGGAAAAAUUAGUCUCGACUCUGAAGAAGAACAGGCUGUUUUUGUUCAUGGUGACAACUGGAAUCAUAAUCAUAUGUUUCUUUACGAUAACGAAAAUCCUACAAAACCGGCAGCAGUAAUGCUAAUAGAUUGGCAACUGGCAUGCCUUAGAUCACCAGCUUUUGACCUGGCAUUACUAUUAUUCUUAGUCUGUUCCAAGAACGAACUGGACCAACUAGAACAUCUCUUACAAACUUACCACAAAUUCUUAACAAAUUACCUAAAGCAGCUAGGAAGCAGCGAAGAUCUAUUCACUUUUAAAGACUUGAAAAGACAUUGGAAGGACUAUUCUAUCUUUGGGAUCGUUAUAAUGAUACUGGACUUGAAGAUUGUUGUAAGCAAUGACUUUUACAGUGGCUUCAACUUUACGGAGAGCGUUGAAGAGUUGUAUUAUCCGAGAGCAAAGGCUGUUCUGGAGACAUAUUUUAAAUUUAAAGAACAGUUCUCAAUAUUAUAAUAAAAAUUUGUAUGUAUUGCUAUUUUAAUCUAAUAAAGGCUAAAAGUUGUUAGUUUUA